AUGAAUAUAAAAAAAUUUCGGAUUUUAUUUUUUUUUAACAAAAAAUAUAGUUAUUUGUCAACAAUCAAAUUAAAAGAAUUUCACUUAAAUCAUUGGGAAAAAUAUAAUAAUAAACUAAAAAUAAUGGAAAAUAUCCCAAAUGGAAAAAAAAGACAAAAUACUUAUUUGGAUGGGGGUAGUGAUUUUGAUGUAAAUAAAAAAACUCGAUUAGUUUUAUUAAAUGAAAGGGGGGUAUCGGGUAGAAUCCCCACAACUGCUAAUAUUGGAGAAAUUAAUAAUAAGGAUAAUGUUUUAAAAACUUUUGACGUCUGCAAUAGUUUUAAUUCUGCUUUUGAAAAUGAUAAAUCAGAGGAAUUGGAAACACAUCACGAUAAAAUAGUUGGCCUUAAAAUUCCAACAAUUCAUGAUACUAUCAAAACAGAAAAAAAAGUAAUUAUUAAAAAGGAAUGUGAAAUAAAAGAUGUAAACCCUAAUGACAAAAUUGGAGGUAGUUUAGAAAAUGACAAAAUUGAAGGUGGUUUAGAAAAUGAAAAAAUUGGAGGUGGUUUAGAAAAUGACAAAAAGAAUGAAUUGCCUGAACAAGUCAGGAAAAAUGUAAAUGUAAUAGUAACUUGGAAUAUGAAUAGCAUUACUGUAAGGUAUAAAAAUAAAGAAAAGUGGAAAAGAUUUAUGAAAUUCGUCAACGAAAUAAAUGCAGAUGUUUUGUGCUUUCAAGAAGUUCGGCUUCCGGCUUUAAACAUUUCAAAAAAUGAGUCAAAAAAUGUAAAUAACAAAGUAUAUGGAGGAAAAAAAAAUGAAGGGGAAGAAAGAAAUAGGGGAUCUGUAAAAAAUACAGAUCAAAAAAGUUUGAUAGAUUAUAAAAUUGUUGAGGAAAUAUUAAAAAAUGAUUUUAAAGAAUAUAAUGGAUAUUUUAGUUUAGCAAAUAUAAAAUAUAGUGGUCAAUUAGUAUUAGUUAAAAAAUCUAUAAAAGUAAAAUCAGUUCGGUAUAAUCUUUUAUUUGAAACAGAUCCUAAUAUACAUAAUGAUGAAGGUAGAAUAAUAUUAUUAGAAUUUUCAAAUUUUUAUUUAUUAUCUACAUAUUCGCCUAAUAAUGGUUUUGACCAAACAAAAUUUAAAAGAAGAAGUUUAUUUGACAAUCAAAUGAAAGAAUUUGUUUUGUUUAUGAAAAAUGAAAAUAAAAAUCUGAUAUGGACAGGAGAUUUAAACAUUGCACCUGAAGAUGUUGAUUUAUCGCAUCCUAUAGAAUUUAGAAAAAUGAAAAAAGGAAAUGUUCCUAAAGAAUACAUUGGACAACCUGGUUGUACAGAUGCGGAAAGAGCAAAUUUUAAAACAAUUUUAAAAAAUGGCGAUUUAAUCGAUUCAUAUAGAUAUUUUGAAAAUUAUAAAAUAAAAAACGAUCCAACAUAUAAAAGAAAAACUAAUAUCAAUGAUAAUAUUUAUACAUGGCGCUGUCCAUUUCUUAUUGGCAAAUCAUGUAAUAGAGCAAUGCGAAUCGAUCAUUUUAUUGUUUCUAAAAAUUUACUUAAUCAAAUUGAAAAUAUAGAGAUACAUGGAUAUAGUGUUUUUCACACUAAUUUUUAUGGAUCAGAUCAUUGUCCAGUUAUUCUAAAUAUGAAAAAAUAA